GUCAGAUCAUCUAAAACUUUAAGAAGUCGUUUGUGGAUCAGCAAGGUGAUUGUUGCUUGAUUCAGUUUAACUUUUCGUCACUGUCUCCAAAUAGCUUCAAGCAGAAUGGCAGCUCCAGUUAACGUACAAGCAGAGCAAAAGCGACCCACGUCCGCAGUGACAGAGGCAGCGGCACCUCGUACUACUGGAGUCUUCAGACAGGGUAAGAUCACUUACGGUGGGAUGGGAUCAGAACCUGGGAAAUUUUUGGGCCCGUGCAGCAUUGUUGUGUCGUCUGGUAACGAGAUAUUUGUGGCUGAUACAGGCAACAGGCGAGUCCAAGUCCACACCACAGAAGGGGUUUACCUCCGCAACUUUCCAACAGUCGUACCGAGUACAGAAGACAAGGACAUGCGGCCAUAUGACGUUUCUAUGGACGGUAACGGCACACUGUGGGUAGUGGGGAGUGGUGAAUCAGCCGAUCAUGUUGUACAGUACAGCACGGACGGAACCGCCAUGACACAGUUUCAUCUUCAGAAAAGCAGUGAAUACCGUGGGAUUGCGGUGGACAUGCGCAAUAACCACAUCCUGGUGACUGAUGCAGAACGUGGUGAAGUUGAGGUGUUCCGUCCGGACGGCUCUCUGGUGCGGAGGUUCGGACAUCCUGGGGGUGAGAUGAGCCGCCCCCGGUACAUCACUGUGGACGGGGAAGGGAACAUUCUUGUGUCGGACUGGAACACUAAUUAUGUCUACAUGUAUGACGAGUCCGGGAAGUUCGUGCUGAAGUUUGGAGGUCAGGGAAGUGGUGAAGGUCAACUACGGUUUCCCCGCGGCAUCUGUACGGACCGCUUGGGUCACAUCAUCGUGGCGGACCGUGAGAACAAGAGGGUACAGAUGUUCACACGUCACGGCGAGUAUAUCCGGACCUUUGAGACUGGGCUUGAGCCAGAAGGCGUGGCCGUGGGACAGGAAGGGCAGCUGGUAGUGACUGAUUUUUAUAACGAUUCAGUGACUAUUUUUCCUAGUUAUCUGUGA